AUGAAAGAGCGUUGCACUGCAACAAAAGACACGGAGUGUGUCCCCUGUCAAGAUGAAUACUUCAGCAGUGAGCACCACCACAACUUCUGCAACAGUUGUACCAUCUGCAACACUAGGAAGGGGAGUGUGGAGGUGAAGAAGUGUGAGAAGACCUCUGACAGGAUCUGCAUGUGCCGUGCAGGGUACAUGCCAGCUGCUGGACACAAGCUGGGAAGUGUGUGUACACCAUGUCCUGAAGGAUCUUAUUCCAUAGGGAGAAAUGAAAACUGUCAGCCUUGGAGCAACUGCAGCCUUCUUGGGAAAGAUACUCUUCGACCAGGGACAAAAGCCAGCGAUGCUGUGUGCAGCGACCACACCACGCAGCGAGCUGUAGCACAGGGUACAACUCCUGCUUUGAACCUUCCCACCACUGAGCACAAGAAGAAUAUGUCAACUCCAGUAUUCCCACCAUUGAGACCCAGUGUCAAUCCUUUCCCUUGCCCGGAUAGGAACAGCCCCACCGAGACUAACUGGGGGUCUUUAUCACUUAUCCUUGUUUGUCUGAUACUGCUCACGGUGAGUGGAAUGUCCAUCCUCCUGUUGAUUAUCCAAGCAGUCAAAAAAAAGACCAAGAAGGGGCCUUGCAGAAACAACCAUCCGGGAAGUGUUGGACUUCCUAUCCAGGAAGAACAAAUUGACUCCAAUUCUAGUCUCAUCAAAAACUGA